AAAGCGGUCUAGAGGUGAUGUGUGUUGUAUACGCCUCUUAUGGCGGGAUGUCGUAAAUAUGAAAAGUUUUCGUAAAACUUUUACAUUACUUUUAAAUGAACGAAAAGUGUCAUCUUUUAACUGAAACUUAACAAAUAUUAUAUUUACAACUUGAAAUACCACAGUUGAGUGAAAGUUCACCGGUCAGGAUGUCGGUUAAUUCAAAGUGGCGGUUACCUGACGUUUUUUGUGUUGUGUGUUGAAUGGAUGACGGAAUUACGUUUAAUUCGCAGCGCGGGAAUGGGUGAAUAAGUGAUUCGUGCCUUAGGACUAUCGAGAUGCCGUUCGUGCAACGCGUGGUCGAGCCGAAGUUUCUGUCGCGGACCAGUUUGCGUGAUGAAGAUGGAAGGCCGAAGGUCACGGACGAAGAACUGCAGGCGGUUACGAACUGUACCCUGAGCAACGCGCUUCGACAGCUCGCAUCACUAGUGCUUUUGGCGGAAGAUAUCUUUAGCGAUCUCACAUCUCAACUUCAAGAAAUAACAGAACGCUCGAAAGUUGCGCGGGCGAAAAUCGAAAAAAUCAACGAAAGUGUAGAGAAGUAUGACCCGAAGAAGGUACCAGUCCCGGAAGGCAGCCUGUCAGACUUUGCUCUACGCAAAGUUCACUACACGGCGACCAAUCCCCUCAAGAAAGGCCUAUUCACACCAGAUACCAGGCCGGCGAGCUUACGCAACAUGUACGAUAAGGCGACGACAGACCGCCUGUCGGCGUCCUUACUGGAGCAGAUGCGGCGCGACUCCCAGUACUCCCAGUUCCUGCUAUGCACGCCCGUACUCGGCACGAAGAGACGACGAAUCUAUCAGAAAGUAGAUGAAAUUGAAACGCACAUUCCAACAGUUGUAGAACAGCUUCGGAAAUGGACUUCGAAGGAAGCGAUCGGUGACGUGACAGCACUGCCAGACGCGUCUAUGCGAAUCGCAAACGGCGUCACGCUGACUCCAGACGAGCUGUCGGAAUGGGGCUCCGGCGACGACGAGCCCAUAGACCACAGACUGCCCAGCCCAGAGGAACAGCUCAGGGUCAUCGCUUCUAAAUUCCCUCCACAAGUUGUAGCGAUAGACACAUCGGGUAAAUUCUUCGACAGAAUGUGCAGUUCUCGUAAGUCUCUACACAUAGAGACCGGGUCCGGGGAAACCGAUACGGUGAAGCGACGCACGCGCACGAGAAAACCACGGGGUAAAAGACGAAACACCAUAUCCGGCACAGAUCAGAAAGAGCUUAGAGAGGCUAUCGCUGGUGAUACUACAAAUGCUGCGGCUUCUGAAGAAAUGGAGGAAACGAACACGGUAAUCAGAUCACGAUCUAGUGAUUUGCUCAAGAAGAGCCCCAUUGAUCCUAUUAUGAAGAAAGGACACUUUAAUAGUUUGAAACAAUGGGGCAAAAACAGACUGAAGUUAAUUGGAAGAUCACCAAGUGCCAGCAGAGAUAACUUCAAAGAUAAUAGUAAAAAUGAAAAAAGUGGUGAUUCAAAAUCUCCACCGCGUGUCGAAAGUAAUGAAACACAAGAAACAGUCACAAUGAGAAAGAAACGCCAAAGCGAUGAAGAUAGAAGGACACAUCAAAGAUGUGCCUCAUAUUCAUCUUCAGAGAAGAGCAUUGGCGUACCAACCAACGUCCAAACUACGGCAACUAUCAACAAUGGCGUUAAACUAAGAGGAACGUCAACUCAGAGACGGUUAAGACGAAGUGGAACCGGUAAAGAUGAACCACAUUCAUCUAGUGGUAAUUGGUCGGCCAGUUCAGAAUCUGGACGAACAAGCAUAGGGUCAGAAAUAACAACAACUACUGUACCACCUAAAAGCACGACUUCUGCUGGUACAUCAAAUAAUUCGCUUAAUUUACAUCAUGGACCACCAAGUUCCAUCAUAAGUCGGAGAAGAUUCCCCAAUAAUUCUGGUUCUGGCAGCGUUACAAGUGAAGGUACUCUAACUCCAGAUAUUAUACAUGAUUUGCAUGAAGAUUUAGAAACAAGUUCAGAGUUUUCUUGCGAUACGGAAGGUUACUAUACAUCGUUCCAUAUGGAUUCUGGUUUAAAAACGUUGAAAGAAGAAGAAGUAUCUCCCAGUACCCCACUACAUACUAGCACAGCUUUAUCUAGUUCUUCAAAUAGUCAGAAUUUGACCGCGGAAAACGAAUAUGAAUUAUUUGGUAAAGGGUCUACAAGUACAACCACUAGUUCAGCAGGUACUGUUUGCACGACUUUAAUGGCAGCAGGAAGCGACCGUUCACUAGUAAUAGGACCAACAGUGCCAGAAAGAAAAAGUUCAUUAACUUUAAUGAACAGAAACCGAGGCAACAACAUUCAUAGUGCAAACGCUAGUUUAGAUAGGACCGCAAAUUCUUCAUUUACGAAAUCUCCUUUCAGCAGCUUACGAUAUAACCCAGUUAGACUAUACGCCGACAAAAAAGGAAAUAACCAUUCCUCCCCAGAAAUACGAGAUAUACCGACCUCUGCUAUUACUAUUACUCGAAGUGUCGGAAAUCAAAGAAGUAUAACUGCUGUCGCUGAAAUACAUACAGAGACGGAUCUCGAAAGUGCAAAGAAAAGUACAGGCACUAGUUCACCAGACUCAGGACAUAAUACCUCUAGUUCACCUAUUGAAGAUUCGGUUUCUAGCGCUCAUGGUAAAAAUAGCCUCUCUGAACAAGAUUAUUCCGAAUCAUCUGAUCUGGAAGGCACCGACAGAAUAGAAAGAAUACGAUACAAAACAACAAUUAACAGUUCUAGAAUUCCGUCAAUGUGUGUUAUCACUCCAACUAAUUCAGAUGACGAAAGCGAAAACAGUAAGGAAUCUGGAUCUAGUAAAAAAUUGGAAACGGAAAAAUCAGCUGAGAGCAUCGUUAAAGCUGGUAGUCGACCAAAACUGGAUUUACCACCCGAUGACAAACCUAAGGAAAGCAAGACUUGCGUAGAGACAGUAAAACAGGCCAACAAAUAUCCAAACCUUCCCAAACCUGCUCGACAACCAUUUAAUAAUCUUAUGUGCAAGUUAAAAGGUGUGCUCCCUAAUAAAUUAUCAAACAAAAAAUCUCCCGUGACCAAAGAAGUAGAACAUUUCUAUGAUACUGGUGAUUACGUGACUAUAGCGGAUGUUAAAAAUAAUAAUCAAAAAAUAUGUCUCAAUGGAGGUAAUUACGGAAAUAACGACAUUGUAAGAAAGAACUUGCAGACUGUACUAUCAGGAAAACUUCCAGAAACCGAAUAUGUAUCUCUCAAUGAACUACCGAAUUGUCUAAAUGAAAGUAAAGAUUUUGAACCUGGAUUUGAAGAAAAACCGUCUGCUGCGUUGGAAGAGAUACAAAGAAAAGGAGCUAAAGUAACACUCGACUCACAUGGACAAGUUAUUUAUUCGUCGGAUACAUUAAAACGUAGAAAAGGCGCCCAUACUACUUUUGAACCGGGUCCUUUUGUUCAGGAAAUUUGUCCGACUACUUUAACAAUACAACGAGAGAAAGCAGACGUUGUACAAAUUACAGAUGAAACUGAUUUUCCUUAUGAACCUCCACCGCCAUCGAGCAAGCCUACUUCCCCACAAUUAGGAAAAAUGAUAAUCAAGGCGCCUACAGACCGACACGGCCAAAUCACUACUGAAUUUAUCACUUUACCAGCACCAAAGCCGAGCACCAUAAUAACUGCGACCCCAGUUACUGAAACUCCCGUCAUAACCGAUCCACAACCAGUUAAAGUAUCCAGUAGUAAUCCAGAGCCUCCGCGAAUAGUUGAAGCUCUAACUAGAACUGGGGCGUAUGUAAACAUACAUGAUGCAGAGGGUGUCAGCUUGUCUCCAACGAAAGAUGAUACAGCAGUGAACGAGAUUGCUUCCAAUGGUUGCGACUUUGUUAACGCCAUCUUCUUCAAAGACAUUCGACAUGCCAGUGCUGACAAACCUGUUUUAGCUACAACCCGUAAAACACAAAACAACGGACCAACAGUUGAUCUAAAUGCAAUAAAUCCUACUCUCCAUCGGCCCCACACGGCACAUCUGCGAGGUCGACAUGGAGUUCCGGAUUAUGAAAAUCAUAUUCAAAGAGGCCAACCUAAAUAUUGGACUCUUCCCAAGAGAACGCCGCUGGAUCAAAAUUUCCAAAGACCACCCGUUCAUGAUCAAAGUCGAAGAAGAAACUUUCCUGAGAACACAACCGUCGCAGAUGUACACCUUUUAGCAGAUAAAGAAAGCGCCGAUACUGAAUCUAUUAAAAUGUCUCCAAUAGAUCCCAGAAAUUCGGGAACCUUUAAAUCGUCCACUCCCACUAGUAAAGAAAAUACAGUUGAUAUAAGUACCAAAUUGUUGUCACCGGUAAAAUCUACUAUGACAAACGAAGAAUUAUAUGCAGUUAUCCAUAAAAGUAAAAAGAAACUAAAUAUUAAAGAACCACCAGAGAGGUCAGAGUCUCCGGCUCUGUCCACGUUGAGUUUAUCACCGGUGCCUUCGGAGCCAUCCUUGUACAAUAAAGGUUCUCAACGUUAUCCUGAAACUGGUUAUUUAGGUGAUCCAAGAAGCAGAUGGUCUCUGACUGAGAGACAGAUGAUUCCCCAAGCUGCCCCGAUUUUGGCACCUGGUAUACAAAAACAAGAGAGCACAUGCGCUGAUCGCUUUGGACCGAUACCUCAAACUUCGAGACUAGAUUUCAAAAAACUACUCUUACAACAUAGUGUCAAACUUAAUACAUUGAAUCCACAAAGUAAAUCAGCUAAGUUGUCAGCAGUAGAACAAUUGAAACUGUCCAAAGAAAAAACACCGAUAACUCCACCCAGUAACCGAUCGCAAAUAAACAUACUGGACCUCAGCGGAUCGCCGAAAACAUACAAUCAUAGAAAAACUAUAAAGUCUAACAACCAACCUACGUCACCAGGAAGAACAGGCGCUCUAAUAAAAGAACAUAAAAAUACACAAAAAAUAUUACUGUCGCCUAAAUCACAAUGGCGUUUUUCUAGCCCGAGAUCAGAUGUACUCUCUACUCCUAUACCUGAAGCUAAUAACGAGGACGAAACGUCUAACAGUUCCGGUGAAAAACAGGACGCUUCUCCAGUCAGCCCGCCAUCUAAAACAAUUCCUAUCGUGACUCACCAACAUUUUGGUGCACGUAGGAAUCUUAUACCGAUAACAGAGAGGACCCAGGAAGUUGAAAAUGACUUUCCCGAAUCGAUCGACCAUGGUGUUUUCCCUUUGAACGCGGAUCAAAACAAAUGUCAUGUUUUAACCAGAUCGGAAUUACUGCAAGCGAAGCGGGCAGAAUUUUUCAGUACUUCUCCGGAAUCCUCACCUCCUAAAUUUACAUCAUUUAAAAGUCCCACAUCUUCAGUCCCUUCGGGAACUCAGAGAAGUGAGACCUCGCCUGAAAGAGGAAAAACUUCACCGACGACACUAGAAACGGCUUUAUGAUGAUCCAGAUAGUGUGAAAAGCCUUAAAGCGGUGCUUUAUAAAUUGUUUGAUAACAUCUGUUUUGUAAAUAUAGCAAUGAAAUUGAUAGAAGCUUUAAUCUAGUCUUUCUUGCUUAGAAUCUUUUCUGAAAGCACGAAAUGUUUUUGAAAUCCAGUGUUUUUUACCGAAAAUGGUAAUUUGAGCUCAAAAUUUUACUGUUUUUUGUCGCUCUAAUGGGGCCAAUAUUUGUUUCUAAUAUGAUAUUAAUAUAAUUCGAUGGUUACAAAUUAGCGUGUAAGUAUUUAUUGAAUAAUUAAUAGGUUUUACCUAUGAUUGUAGUGUUUUCAAUUUUUCAAAGUUUUU